UGCCCCACUCCAGCAGCCCCUGCCUGCCCUUACUGCCCCUCCAGCCCUAAAAUGCAGCAGGCUGAGAGCAGCACUCGUCCCUUCAAGCAGAGGAAGAGCCUCGCCACCAGGAUGCACGAGGUGACGGAGAUCCGCAUCAAGUACCCCAACAAGAUCCCGGUGGUGGUGGAGCGCUACCAGAAGGAGAAGAACCUGCCCCCCUUGAGCAGGACCAAGUUUCUGGUGUCCCAGGACCUGCCCCUGGCCCAGUUCGCUGUCACCCUGCGGACGCGUCUCUGCCUGGCCUCCUCGCAGACCCUCUACCUGCUGGUGAACAACAGGGGGCUGCCCAACAUGACCGUCACGAUGCAGGAGCUGUAUCGCGACAACAAGGACGAGGACGGCUUCCUCUACCUCACCUACGCCUCCCAGGAGAUGUUCGGGGGGCUCCUUCCCCGGCAGACCCCGUCCAGCCCCGACCUCGCCUUCUCCCUGGCCGUGGUUUGAUGGCCGUGGCUCUGUCCCGGUCCCAACCCCGUUGCCGGCUGCUCCUUAAUCCUUGGGAUUUAGGCCCGAAUCGCUCCCCUGGCGCAGCAGGGGCUGGUGCUGGCUCGCUCGGGGCCACGCGGAGGUUGUUUUUUUCCGGGGGUUUUGUGCAAGGCUUUGCAGCCCAAGAGCAGGCCGGCUGCGUGGAAACCUUGGGCUUCUCUAAGCCACUUUGCUCUCCUAAUAGGAUCGGGGCUGAGGAGUUUGAUGGGUUGAGGAGGUUUUGUGCUAAGCUGCUGCUGGAAUAAAGAGAAUAGGAGCGGGCCGGUUCCCCUGGUCAUCAA